AUGGAGCAGAAGGUGAUCUACGCUGACCUGAAGUUUGCAGCAGGCCCCUUGCCCACCGCAAGCCCCUGCCCCACAGACUCUGAUGAGAACGACAGCCCCUAUGAGAAUGUGCCAGUGGGGCCAGUGCCCGUGGCACCCAGCCCAGGGCGCUGGCGCUGGUGCUGUCGUGUGCCCAGGGGGCUGCUGGCAGUCAGCCUGCUGCUCUUGCUGGUGGCCACCGUGUCCCUGGGGGCUUGCUACUGGCAGGUCACUCGCAGGCUGCGGCACACCUCCCAGGAGAACGCGGCCGAGCGGGGCCACCUCUCACAGGAGCUGAGCAUGCGGGAGCAGAGCCUGGAGCAGGCGCAGCUGGAGCUGGCGUGGACCAGAGCAGAGCUGCAGCGAGCCUGGCAGGAGGGCAACGGCAGCCAGCUGGAGCUGAGCAAACAGGAUGCCGAGCUUGAGCGUGCCAGGCGGGAGCUGGCUGUGCUGGAGAGGCAGCUCAGGGCCAGCGAGAGCACCGUGAGCAGCCUGCGUGCCUGCGUGAACACAGACUGCUGCCCCUCGGGCUGGGUGCUCUACCGGAGCAAGUGCCUCUUUGUCUCGAUGGAGAAGAAGUCCUGGUGGGAGAGCUGCGAUGACUGCAGAAAGAAAUCCGCUCGGCUGCUGAUCCAAGACAACUGGCCAUCGUGGACGGUGCCGUAUCUUCUGCAGGCAUUGGGUGCCACAUACUGGAUUGGAGGAGAUCAAAAUCAUCAUGAUGUAGCUGACAGGCUGAAUAUGAAGCCAAAUAAAGAGUGCACUCAGUCCAUUUCUUGUCCUCUAAUAUACUCUGGGAAGAGAUACUCCUUUGCCUGUACUUCCACUCUUCCAUGGAUCUGUGAGAAGUCCCCAAAUCUGAGCAACUCAACUGAGACUCUCUUCCCUUUUCCGGCCAAGGGAUGA